UCAGUGCUUCCAGGAAGUUGAAUCGAGCGCGGAGUGGCAGGAUCGCAGAUCGGAUGAAAGGAGCUGUUCUUCAGGCAAAAUGACUUUCAACCGGUUGUUGUCUCGAGCUGUCCUCGUCAGCAGAGCACUGUUCAACUGGAAUACAGCCACCUGAAUCAAGUACCAUACAUGGGUUUAUACAUGGUACACACAUUGCUCAGUUCCACUGAAUGCAGUGUGUGGUUCUUCAUGCUCUGUUUCUGGUUUCCAGUUGGAUCCAGGUCUAUGUUCACAAGCUCCAAGCCUGACUUCACCAACCCCAGCUGGUUCCGAGUGGGUCUUGCCUUUGGAUCAUCUGUUUUCAUCUGGGGCCUGCUCUUCAAGCAGCACAGCACAGACGUACAUGAGUACAAAGUGAGGAAUGGCCUGGAAUAACCCGCCACAGUGGUAUGAGGUGGUCUGGUCCUCUUCUAGGAUGCACCUGUCUGUGCGCUUCUUUCUGUUUCCACUGUUCCUGGUUCCUCACCCUGAAUUCUGUGUAAAAUAAAAAUGUAUUAUAUGAAAUA